AUGAACUUGGCACAGGUAAAAGCAUUUAUCAUACACUUAGUUUCCUCCCACACCCAAAGGUCAAGCAGCACGGUAGCUCGGUAUGUCAUCAACUUUGAGAGAGAGGAGUCCGAAGUUAAAGGUCCUGCGGAUGACAUCUCAACUAUCAGCUCCAACAAGAUUGAAAACGAAAAAGGUUCUAUUAGUACGGACGGCGAGAUACCAGCAACUAAACCGAGAGUGACAGACCUCCAGCAGAUGGUUGCCAUGGCACUACAGGAAGAUAAGUCACUGUCCAUGGAUCUUGGGACACUUCAGUUUGCUGACGGUCAGUCAAUCAGAUUUUCCUCUUUGUGAACUAGGGAGCCAGUUGAAAAUGACCUUGCGCUGUGCAUCAUUGAUUCUCUCUGAGGUUGCAGAGAUCCAGUAAAAUGAAUAAAUAUAUGUAUGAAUGCAACAAAUGGAUUUGAACAGCACAUAUAUUUCACAAGUGUACCACAUUUGUCAGCGAGCUAGAAUUAAUUGGCACUUUGAGCCAAAUAGACACUCAGUAGUAAACCCAGACCUGUUGCUGUGUAAUGGGAACAAUAAUAAUAAUAAUAAUUUAUUAUUUAUAGCCCGCCCAUCUGGCUGGGUUUCCCCAGCCACUCUGGGCGGCUUCCAACUGAAUAUUAAAAACAAUACAGCAUUAGACAUUAAAAACUUCUCUAAAGAGGGCUGCCUUCAGUUGUCUUUUAAAAGUAAAAUAGUUGUUUAUUUCCUUGACAUCUGCUGGGAGGGCGUUCCACUGGGCAGGCGCCACUACCGAGAAGGCCCUCUGCCUGGUUCCCUGUAACCUUACUUCUCGCAAUGAGGGAACCGCCAGAAGGCCCUCGGCGCUGGAUCUCAGUGCCCGGGCUGAACGAUGGGGGUGGAGACGCUCCUUCAGGUAUACAGGACCGAGGCCUUGCAAUGUGGACAUCCUGAACAAUCUGAGUUCAUACUGCUCUUUCCCAUUAGUUAAUUUAGAGAGAGAGCUUAGUUCUCUGGAGUAAGCAGCAUCUUUAAAAUUUAAAUUCAUAUUGAAUGACCAACUCCCCCCCCCCAGCUCUGUAAUUGUAUUUGUCGUGUGGCAUUACUCAAGUUUACAACAUAGCACCUUAUGUAACAUUUUGCACACUUUGAUCAGUAAGCAUGCUUCUUGUCAUUUAUGCAGAUUUACUGAAAAAAAUCCCUUUGCAUUUGUCUCAUUUUGCAGAAACCAUUAGGCCAUCAAGUGACGUAGAUAAUGAUAUCCAAUCCAUGGUAACCGAUGGUGUCGCUGGGCCUGGGUUGGUGAGUAAAUUUUCCUGCCUUUGUUCCUUAAGGUAAGAUAUAUACCAGGAACCCAAUAAAAUCAUUGCAAAAUAAAAGUUUGACUGUGAAUAUGAGUAGCAUCCAACAGACCCAGGCUGCUAUUAUAUCUUCUCUGUCUAAUACAACUCCUUCUGCUUCAUGCAAUUUUUGUUUCCCCUCUCCCCCCACCAUGUGUUCACAUCCUAUGAAACCCUAGUGCCGGAGUGAACUUUUCAACACAGUUGUUUUUAAGGCAAAGUUUCCAACACUCAGCCUCCUGCCCUCCCAAUCCCCCGCAUAAACUCCUAUUUUGUGAACUUGUAUAUUUUAUUCCAUUGGUGGCAAUUAAACUAUGUUUGCUAAUCCAAAACAGAGCUGGUGCUCAUCUGCCCUAGUUUUAAAAACUAGCAAAGGAGGGAGAACCAAGAGGUUCCUGCCCCUUCUGCCAUUUAUCUCAGAGCAAAUCUAUGUCUCCCAUGGUGGGAGGAGGCAACAGAUACUAAAAACAAAAUCUGGAGCAUGCAUGACUUGUGGCACCAAAAAACAAAAUGUGUUUAUUGCAUAAUUUAUUUAUUGAUCAUGUGAAAAUGUCAUAUAGCAGGAGUAACCUACCUGUGACCCUCCAUAUGCUGUUGGGCUCCUACUUCCAUCAGGCCCCAGCAGCAUGGUCAUUGAUGACGGGAGGCAUGGUCCAACAAUAUCUGGAGGGCCACAGAUUACAAUAUCUGUGGUUUCAAUGAUACGUUGGAUCCAGGAAAGAAGUAGGUGGCCUGUUAUAGAUGGAGUUGACUCCUCUUGAAGGAUCAGAUCUGUAGUGUGGGGGUACUCCUUGAUUUGACCUUGUCACUGAAGGCCCAAGUGGUAUCUGGUAUGGAGUGCCUUUCUCCAGUUGGGGCUGUUUCACCAGUUAUGACCAUUCUUGAGUAGGGAAUGGCUUGGCCAUAGUGAUCCAUUCUCUAGUAACCUCCUGUUUGGAGCACUGCAGUUCACUCUGUGUGGUAUUGUCCUUGAAGAUGGUCAGGAGACACCAGCCAUUUAAAAAAAUGCAGCAACCACAGAACUAAUGGGCAUGCAGUCCUUAAAUAUCUGGACUGCCUGUCAUAUUUGUCACUGGGCCUAUUAUAAAGUAACAGUUCAGAUGUUUAAAGCCUUAAAUGCCUUAGGACCCAGUUACCUGAAAGAUGGUGUCUUCUCCAUAUUGUCCUUCCUUUGAUGUUGACUAUGGAGGCUCUUCUGGUGCUGCCAAUGUUAACUGAGAACAAACAAUGAAUGUUUAUUAUUUGUUUACAGAUAGUUGCCUUGGUGAUACUACCUUCUGUCGAUUGCAAUAGUCAUUGUAUCGCCACCCUGUUCAUUGUUUUAAUGUUAACUGAGGCCAGGAUAUCGAUGACCCUCUCCUAUAGACAGACACACCACGGGCCUUCUCAGCAAUAGCACCCUGGGCUAUAGAAUAUUCUCUCCCCUGAAGUCUAGCUAGCACCUACUCUGUCAGUUUUCUAGUGCCAGAUGAAGCAGUUCUCUUGCUUCAGAGUACAGUGGUGCCUCGCAAGACGAAAUUAAUUCGUUCCGCGAGUUUUUUCGUCUAGCGAAUUUUUCGUCUUGCGAAUCACGAAUUCCCAUAGGAAUGCAUUGAAAAUCAAUUAAUGCGUUCCUAUGGUCAAAAAAAGUCCAAACAAAGCCAAAUUUGGUACAACAACCUCCCCAAUUGUUGCAAACCCCUCCCCAACUGUUCCCCCAGUCACCCAGCACACAGAAAUUCAAAUCCAGAAUUUUUUUAAAAAAACAGCAGAGUGGCCCAAUGGUCACAGAAAAUCAUAAAAAUGCAGGAAAAAACCACACAAGCUUCCAGAUUCUUGCAAACCCCUCCCCAACUGUUCCCCAGCCACCCAGCACACAGAAAUUCAAAUCCAGAAUUUUUUAAAAAACAGCAGAGUGGCCCAAUGGUCACAGAAAAUCAUAAAAAAUGCAGAAAAAAGACACACAAGCUUCCAGAUUCUUGCAAACCCCUCCCCAACACCAAGUCCUUGAAUUCCAAACACCCCAACCCAAAAUCCAAAACCCCCCCCAAAAAGUUUUAAAAGCUUAACUUGGCUGCAAAAGAAGUUUUGGAAAAGUUUCAAAAAUCACCAAAGUCUUUAAAAACCUCAAAAAAGGCUACUAUGUACACUGCGUUCUAUGAGUUGCUCCUUGAAGUCAAGUCGCAACUGUAUUAACGGUGUUAAGAAAAAGGAAACAAACUUGCAAGACGUUUUCGUCUUGCGAAGCAAGCCCAUCGGGAAAUUCGUCUUGCGAAGCAGCUCAAAAACGGAAAACCCUUUCGUCUAGCGAGUUUUCCGUCUUGCGAGGCAUUCGUCUUGCGGGGCACCACUGUAUUUUGAAUAUUUGUGAGAGGACAGGUGAAUGUGUUAAUGUUACGUUUAUAUAUUUAUAUUGUUAUGAGCCACUCCAGGAUCAUAUGUGACAAGUAGUGUAAUAAUAAACUCUAUAAAUAAAAAUACAUACAUGUGUGCGCGCACAUACGUACACAGUUGUAAAAUAUUUUCUGGAGUGUACCUGUAUACAUUACACCACAGUUUCCCAAAUUUAGGUCUCCGGGUGUUUUUGGACUACAGUUCCCAUCAUCCCUGACUAUUGGUCCUGCUAGCUAGGGAUGAUGGGAGUUGUAGUCCAACAGCAGCUGGAGACCCAAGUGUUCGAAACCCUGCAUUACACAGAGGCAACCCCUGGUUUGCAGCACAGUUUAUAGAAACCAGAGCAAAUCAUAGACAAGCACUUAGCAACCUUAAUGUGUGAAAUGGCCUUCCAUGGACCACAGUUAAGUAUCAUAGCAAUUGUUCCUCUCCUCAGGUUUUCUUCAUCCUCUCUUUCUUCUCUUUGCUAGACCUCUGAAGUACCACUGGUUUAUGCAAGUCCAGCAACAGUUAAUGACAUUGAGGAUACAAACCUCAUUCUAGAUUACCCAAUGCCCACAGUGCCUUUCAAUGCCUUGGAUAGUACUGGGGUUCCUCUCAGACCAGGAGAUCCUGAUUCACCACCUCCAGCAGAUCAAUCAGCCAGCAAUGAUUUAAGCCCAGCCUUUUCUGAGAUGCCGACUGAACAGUUAUUCACACCUGCAACAUUUACUGCUGGUAUCUUUCAGGAGGUUAGCGAUGAGGAGAGUGAAGAUGAGAAGAUGAAAGACCAGAUCCCCAGCACAGACUCAACAAUCCUCUCAGGGCAAGGUAAGCUAUUUAGUACCUUUCCAGUACAGGAGAUCCUGUGUUCAUACCAUGCAUUGACAGUAAGCAGAUAAUGGCAUUAUAUGUAAAAUGUGCAUUUACUGUUGCAGAAAGGCUUGCAUUUCCCUUCCAGACAUCUUUAAUGAACUGUGCUUAUAA